AUGUCUGAUACCAAGGCCACCGACAACGCCGUGCCGGCUACUGACGCGUCUACCCUCCUGCCCCCUGAGCAUUGGGCGCAGGUAGCUGAGGAGCUAGACGCUGAUAACGAUGCUGACUCUGCUCUUGGUGGGGACGCUGUGGAGUCCACAGCCUCUAUCACGUCGAGCAUUCUUCAGUAUAGAAAUAUUAGUGGCCGCACUUAUCAUAGGGACAUAGGCAAUGCCCAGGGUGCAAACGAUGAGCAACAGAAUGAGUCUAUGGAUAUCAAUCAUCAUGUCCUGACACUUGUUCUCGACGGUGCUCUCUACCUUGCACCCAUCUCCAAGGAUAUCAAGAAAGCAAUCGAUUUCGGAACAGGUACUGGAAUUUGGGCAAUUGACUUUGCGGAAGCCUUUCCCAAGACCGAAGUUAUUGGCACAGAUGUCUCGCCCAUCCAACCCAGCUGGGUCCCGCCAAACCUACGAUUUGAGAUUGAUGACUGCACCCAAGAAUGGACCUUUGCUCCCAGCUCUCUAGAUUACAUCCAUAUGCGUUGGCUCGUCGGCAGCAUCGUCGACUGGCCGCAGUUAUUCAAGGAAGCUUACAAGUGUCUUAAGCCGGGUGGUUAUAUCGAGAGUCACGAGGCUCUUUCGAGAAUGGACUGCGAUGAUGGGAGCAUUCAUGAGAAGAGUGCUAUGCACCAGUGGGGAAAGUUCUUUGUUGAGGGCGGUAAGAAGAUCGGCCGGUCAUUCACCAUUGUUGAGGAUGGAGUUCAGAGGGAGGGAAUGGAAGAGGCAGGAUUUGUCGAUAUUGAGGAGCGUAACUUCAAGGUCCCCAUUGGAGGAUGGCCUCACGAUCCCAAGCAAAAGGAGAUUGGAAGAUACUCCCAGGCUACCCUCGAGCGGGACAUUGAGGGCUACGUGCUAUUCAUGGCCAACACGGUGGAGGGAUGGUCUAAGGAGGAGAUUGAGGUAUACAUCAAGUUGCUCCGCCGGGAGCUUCAUUCUGGCAAGAUGCGUCCUUAUUACCUCCAAAAGGUUGUUUGGGCCCAGAAGCCGGAAGAGUAG